AUGGGUACAACCUUUUUCACACCCAACUUCCAGACUUCUCCUGUCUUACAGGGACCCAAAACCGCCUACACAAAGCCUAAAACCAGGGAGGGUCAAGCUAUGGGUAAUUUUUUAAUUGACCUCAGCAUUGGUUCCUUCAUCCACCAUCUCUAUUCUGCAUCCAAUUUCUUCAAAGAAAUGGUUGUACUAAAAUCCAAUGAGAAAUGUAUCAUGGAACUGAGCAGAUGGCUACAUGACCGUACCGGAGCAUAUGAUUGGAAGCAUGCAUCAACUGUUGUUGCUGAGUUAGAAGAUAAGAGAGACCAACAUCAGAACAUAGAAAUGCGCCUGAAGUCGUCCAUCAGGCAGGUUUUGAAAUGUAACUUUGAACAGGAAAACAUAACCUCCCCGGUGGAGUUACCGCUCGCUGACUGCGUUGUCAGUGGUUUGCUACUGGAUAAUAUCUGUAAAAAUGAAGAUGAAUAUAUGAAGAACCUGGAAAAGAUCAUACAGCUGCUAAAACCCGGAGGCCAACUGUUACUUUUUUCGUCAAUAGAUAAAAGUUACAUGAUUGUCAGCGGGGAACGGUUUCAUUCUUUUAAAUACAGUGAGAACUUUGUAAAAAAUGCCUUCGAUAAGCUGGGGUUAAUCAUCGAUUACUGCGCAGUGCAGAGGAGACGCAGUAUGAAUGAGUGCAAUGAUUAUAAAGCUAUUAUGUUCACCGCAGCCCACAAGGGGGAGUAG